ACCUGAUAGGGAGAAGAAGAAGAAGAAGAAGGAAGAGGACCAAGAAAUAGGAAAUCAGCUGUCAAAAAAGUAGCGUAAGUGUAAACAACGGGUCAGAAAAAGACAUGUACAGUGGUUGUGUGCAGCACUGACCGUCACCUGCCUGUGAGCUUCUACUGAAACAGUCGCCAAGAUGCCAGCAGUGUCUACGGGGGUCAAAGAGUUGUACUUAUCCACAUCUCUGGGAGAACUCAAUAAAAAAGCUGAAAUCAAGCCAGACAAGACAAGUACCAGGAGCUAUGUUCAGAGUGCCUGCAAAAUCUUCAAGGCAGCAGAGGAAUGUCGUCUUGACAAAGAUGAGGAAAAAGCUUAUGUAUUGUACAUGAAGUAUUUAAGCGUUUACGACAUCAUAAAGAAAAGGCCAGACUUCAAACAACAAAUGGAGUAUUAUGUAACUAUGCUUGGGCCAACUAGCUUCAAGAAGGCCAUUGAAGAAGCUGAGAAGCUGUCUGAAAGCCUUAAACUCAGGUAUGAGGAAAUCGAGGUUCGAAAAAGGCUUGAAGAAAGGGAGAGACUAGAAGAGAAGAAGAAAAGGGAAGAAAUAACAGUGAAAGAUAGCGGUAGGGGCUCUCCAAAACCAACAUCUGCAAACAAGAAGGACAGCAAAAAGGUGAAAGGAGAGCAGAAUGAACUGAAGAGUGUAAUUACAAAAGCUGCCCAGCCAGCUGGUGGGAUCACAGCUGAGAAACUUUUUCAUAUGAUGAAAGACCAGACAAUCUCAAUAAUUGUCAUGGAUGCCCGCAGCCAAGGAGACUAUGAAGAAUCUCACAUUCAGGUCCCGGCCCAGACCUGCAUCAGUGUGCCUGAGGAGGCUGUUAGCCCCGGAAUCACCGUGAAUCAGAUUGAAGCAAAGUUGCCAGAAGUGUCCAAGGAUCUUUGGAGGCAGCGGGGAUUUGUGGAUUAUGUAGUCCUACUGGACUGGUUCAGUUCUGUCGCUGACCUUAAGUUGGGCACCACCUUGAAGAGCCUCAAAGAUGCCCUGUAUAAGUGGGACAGUAUCACCAUUCUGCGCAGCGAGCCAGUGGUCCUGGAGGGGGGCUAUGAGAACUGGCUGCUGUUUUACCCCAUGUACACGACCAAUGCUAAAGUUCGACCUCCUAGACAGACUUUAAUCAACACACUCCCUCAAUUGAACUUCAGCUACCCAUCCUUGGAAGAACCCAAACCUCCAGCUCAGCCCCAGCCUGAGGUUUCAUCUGAGAGUCAUGAGCCGUCUGCUCCGGUGCUGGUGAACGGGGUUGCACCUGCAGAGCCCCCAACAUCCAAGACAGCCAUUGUUGCGGAUAGGUUGCCAGACACUAUGGAUAGCCCAGUAACAGGCUCUACAAAUACUGGUCUAGAGCUAAGUAAGAAAGCUCCUGCAUCCAGCCAGUCACCAGCAACAGCCAGGGCUUUCCCCCAGUUUGACCGUACCAAGAAACCCUCUGUCCAGGUGUCAGAUGAGACUAAACCCAGCCAGAAUGGAUCAGCAAGAGAUUCCGCCAAAAAUGGUCCAUUUGUCCCUGACCGCUCCGGCAAACCUCCCACCAACUCCAGCACUUCUCUGUCUAAAGAAGAACAAAGUCAGAUACACUCUGAAGUGGUGGCAGUGAUGGAGAAGGCAAAGCAAGAGCAGGAGAAGCGGGUUCAGGAGCGCCGUUUAGAAGAGGAAAGGCGAGAGAAGGAGCGGCAAGAGAGAGACGGGAAAGAGAGAUUAGAAAGGGAGGAGAGUGAAAAGAAGACGCAAGAGGAGAAAAGACACCAAGACAAAAAGAAACUUGAGAGGCAAAAGGCAGAAGAAGAGGAUGACAAAGAGAACAGGACAUGUGAUGAGAGGAGGGGAAAAGAGCCCAACUCUGAAACCCCCUCCAAAAGCAUGUCGCUCGACUCACCUGCUCCCAACCAUGUUGUAAAUGAAAUUAAGAGGGAACCUUUAACGAGAGCAAGAAGUGAGGAGAUGGGGAGGAGUGUGCCAGGUCUACCUGUUGGUUGGAUGAAGUUCCUUGACACAGUGACAGGGACCUACAGAUACUACCAUUCACCGACCAAUCGCGUCCACCUGUACCCCCCUGAAGUUACGGUUCCUCAGACUCCUCCUUCCACGCCGCCAACAGCUAAACAGAAGCCAGCGCGACAAGCUGAGCCAGACACCAGCGGUGAGCGAGAGCGGGAACAGUCGAAACUGAAACGCUCCUACUCCUCCCCAGACAUCAGCCAGGACCUGAGAGAGGAGGCCCAGAAAAAGACCACCGCUCCAACCACUGCUGCUGUCAUACCCACCAUCAACAGAGAAACCAAACCUGUCUGUGCAAAGGUAUAUUCUAAAGUGGAGAUUGCACGGCCAUCUGCAGCAAAAAUUCGCAACUUAAACCCUACAUUUGGAGGUUUGGGUGCCUCACUCACUGGCCUUCGCAACCUGGGAAACACAUGCUACAUGAACUCCAUCUUACAGUGUCUUUGCAACACACCUAUCAUGGCUGAUUACUUCAACAGAAAUGAUUACCUUGAUGACAUUAACAGAUACAACAUUCUUGGCCAUAAAGGGGAGGUUGCAGAGGAGUUUGGUGUGAUUAUGAAGGCUUUGUGGAGCGGUUUGUACAAGUGGAUCAGUCCACGGGACUUCAAGAUCACCAUAGGGAAGAUCAAUGAGCAGUUUGCAUGCUACGACCAGCAGGACUCCCAGGAGCUGCUGCUGUUCCUCAUGGAUGGGCUACAUGAAGACCUCAACAAAGCGGACAACAGGAAGCGGUACAAAGAAGAGGAAAACGACCAUCUGGAUGAUCAGACUGCAGCUGACCUGGCCUGGAGCAAACACAAGCUGCUUAAUGAGUCCAUCAUUGUAGCACUGUUCCAGGGGCAGUUCAAGUCCACGGUGCAGUGUCUGACCUGCCAUCGCAAGUCACGAACAUUUGAAACCUUCAUGUACCUGUCCUUGCCUCUGGCCUCAACCAGCAAAUGCUCCCUGCAGGAUUGUCUGAGAUUAUUCUCUAAAGAAGAGAAACUGACCGACAACAAUAAGGUGUUCUGCAGACACUGCAAAGCCCACAGAGAUUCCACCAAGAAGCUGGAAGUCUGGAAGGUUCCCCCGAUACUUCUGGUGCACUUAAAACGGUUCUCAUAUGAAGGCAGAUGGAAACAAAAGCUGCAGACAACUGUGGACUUCCCCCUGGACUGUCUGGACCUGGCCCAGUACGUUAUCGGACCUAAACAGAAUCUGAAGAGAUACAACCUUUAUGGAGUUUCGAACCACUAUGGGGGGUUAGAUGGAGGCCAUUACACAGCCUACUGUAAGAAUGUCCUCAAACAACGCUGGUACAAGUUUGACGACCACGAAGUGACUGAUAUGACCACCACCUCUGUCAAGUCUUCUGCAGCUUACAUCCUGUUUUACUCCACCCUGUGAUGGUGUCUUAGAGCAUGAAGAGAGGAGAAAUUACACCAGAGCAGUGAUGCUUGAGCCUAGAGGUUGUUUUUCUCUUUGUGAAAUCGCAGCUCUGAGGGCCUGCCGCACAUGUGCAGGUUAACUGGUGAUGUAUGUACACAAGAGGAUGCACUCGCGCAAGCAUCUGUGGUCGAGGAAAGGUGGGUGCACACUGUGCAACGCUUCAGCUACUAAAGGACACUAUAGCUGUAAAACAUGCCGCCUAUUCACAUUGCUGAUCAUCCACAGACUAAACAGAUGCUCAUGUUAAUCUGAUUUUUCUCUGAUAGUUGUGUUUUAGGGCUGACGGCUGAUUUUGAUGCUCUUCGCUCUCAUUUCUGUUGCAUUCAGUGUGGAUGGCAGUAUUGCAGAACUGAUUUUUCAGCUUUCCUGAACUGUGUUCACAGGAUUAACAGUUAGAUGGCAUGUAUAUUCUUACCAAUGCUGAUGUUGCACAUUCAAAACUUGUGAAAAUACUUGAGGGCAAAUUAUUUAUCUGUUAAGUGACCAACUUUUUAGUUCUUUUCUUGAAAGUAGCAGCCAUCAUACGUUGCCUCACACAAUAUCAUUUGUUAAAGGGGAUUACCGGCUUAGCCUUCAGGUGUUUGUUAUAAGAGGGAGACUGAUUUUUCUUUUUUUUUUUUGUUUGCAUUCCUUUUGAAGAAAGGAAGGAAUGUGUUGCUUUGUUCAUAGUAACUGCAUUCUUGCACUUUUACUUUAUGCAAUCAGUCUGAUUAUGUAGUACACACUGUUUAACAGCAGAUGUUAAAACUAAGAAUCCUUUAAAUUGAUACUGAUGCUAAAGUUUCUCAGUCCAUUGACAGAAAACCCUACCUGCUUCUGUAAAAUGUAAUCUCUGUUAAACAUACUAAACUUUUUACUUUUAUUAUAUUCAUACACUAUUAAAGAAGGAGCAAUGAUUGGGUUAGGCUGAUAUAUUCUUUUGUUUAAACCAGUGAUGGUGGUUUUCUUUGUAGGAGUCAUUUUUAAUGACUUUUUUUUUUUUAUGCUUGUGUGAGCCAGAGAGUAUGGAAUUGAGAAACUGACCUUGUUCGGUGUUGUGCUGCCUGACUGACCAACUUAAUGACAAAAAGAAAGCACAAAGAAGGCAGAUGUUACUCAGAACGGACCAGAGAUCUGAAGUCAGGAUUUGACUCUACUACCCAGUUUUAUUGCCUCGCAAGAGAUCAUAAUCUGGUUUUCUUUUCACUCUUUACAUUGAUUUUAUUUCUUAACGCUCUAAAUAUGAAUUGUUUCAUAUAUAACGAUUAUAUUAACCUCAACUCGUAUGACUAUUUAUUAAAACUGGUUCAAAUCUG